AACCAUAUAGAAUGGAAACGUUGGUGGAGAGACUGUGGCAUGAGAUAAUGACAAGAAACCACAAAAAUAAAAUAAGAAAAUAUAAAAAGAAAAGAGGGAAAAAAAUUCAAAAAAAAAAAUUGAACCGCCAAAAGCAGAGGCCACAAUGCUCUCUUCAAAGGAUAAGCCCAUUUGAUUCUUCUCAUCAUUCAAAUUUGUUUCCAGUGUUUCCAGAGAGAGAGAGGCAGAGCAAAAAUGGCGAUGGCAAUAGCUCUUAGGAGACUUUCUUCUUCAGUUGACAAACCUAUUCGUCCUCUUAUCAGAUCAGAUCAUCUUAGGAGAUUGCUGACAUCAUUGAGCUUGAGAAAGCUAGACAGUGGAAGGGGCUUGAACUCAUUCCAUCUGAGAAUUUCACAUCUGUCUCGGUGAUGCAAGCUGUUGGGUCUGUGAUGACUAACAAGUACAGUGAAGGGUACCCUGGGGCUAGAUACUAUGGAGGAAAUGAGUACAUAGACAUGGCGGGAACCUUGUGCCAGAAACGUGCUCUUGAAGCUUUCCGGUUAGACCCUGAGAAGUGGGGAGUGAAUGUGCAACCUUUGUCUGGAUCUCCUGCCAGCUUCCAUGUCUACACAUUAAAUAACAACGAGAGACUAGUGUGUUUUGUCGUCUGUGUCUGUGUGCUUGAUCAUCCCUAUGCUUUAAAUACAUAG